AUGGCUGACCAAAACUACCCUCCUCCUCCGCCCGCUUCCUAUCCCACGCAGCCGCCGCCGCAGCCGGAUAUGUCUUCGUCUGCUCAGCAGAAUCAGGGCGAGUAUCAUCCGCAGCAAUCGUCUCUGCCGGAAUAUCAACCCCAAGAUACUCUUGCCCAACUACCGGCGGACAAUGCUCAUCUACCACCACAGACCGCUACUCAAUGGCCAGUGCAGUCAACGACAGCGGCGACACAAGCACCAUCACUGGCAACCCAAGGCUACGACUCCCUCCCACCACCACUUCCUCAGCGCCCUGGAACUUUGGGUGUCGAUGUCAAAGAGCCAACAACGACAAAUAUUCAGCAGCCUCCGCAAUAUCAGACUGACUACGCCGGUCAGCCAGCACAGCAACCUCCUAAAAUUCACCCGGCCCAGUAUGCCGGUCCAUCAUCAUUCCAGCCUGGCUCGCAGUCCAUAUUCCAACCACCGCCACAGCGGCACAAACAAACCUUUGCAGACGACGACAAUCCAUCCAAUCCGGUCCACUAUAUCCGUGACCCUCACAAAUUGAUUGGAUAUCUGGUACCCUUCCCACGGCCCAACCUACCCAACGUCAAGCCUGAAGACAUACCUGUCCGCUUCAUAAUCUAUACGCCGCCGCCUCCACCACUCCAAAAGCCUGCCGAGGGACAAAAGGAAGGCAAACUUCACAAAGUGCAACGGAAGUGGCAGGAAGAAGUUCGCAGUGCAAAGACCAGCACGGCCAAGACGGCGUCAUGGAAAGGGGUCAAGUCCAAAGCCACCAAAGGCAUCAACUGGGCAAUGAACAAGACCACCUCUUCGAACCUAGACUUCCUUGGCCGAGUAUCACCAGCACAUUCCGACGACGAUGGCGAAGGCCACGAGACCCACAAGACGGUCGGCGUGGAUGAGAUGGUUUUGGUGUACCCGCCAAGUCUGCCUCUCAACGAGCAGCAGAUGCGCGAGGAGUUUGUCAACACCAUGUUGCGGACCAAAUCCAAAGCACAACGUGACACCAUCAUCGCCACUGGUCUGAUGCCCGUGGGAUACGGCAUUGACAUCCUCGCGACCUUCAUUUGGCCAUUUGGCGGCCUGGGGGAGAUCGACACGGUCUGGGCAUAUGCAUCCUUCCGCGGCGCCAAAACGGCGCGCAGUGUGACGAAGCGACUGUCUUCCAACAGUGAAACGGGGAAUCACGAGAAGGAUCAGCUGACGCUGACCUUUACACACUCGGCGCGCAUUGAAGCUCUGAAGAGAUACCUCGACGCCGAAUGCCACAAGGUCGAUGGCAAGUUAUUCCCGGCCUACGUGUCGAGUCCAACGGAAAGCGACGUCCUGGAAGCGAUCGGGUGGACACCCCGCGACCGAGGCGGCGCAGAUCAGGAGGAGAAGAAUUGGGAGGAUGAGCAGUGGGAGAUGGCCGAGGUCAAGGACGAUCUCAAGAGCGUAUUUAGCAAAGGAGCCCGCGAGUGGAGAAAAUGGUGUCUGUUGCUGGAGAAGAAUCCGGAGAAGGCGAUGAAAAAGUAA